GGCGCUCGCUGGUGUGACGUCACGCCAGACCGAGAGACGGGGCCCCAGCUCGCGGCAUCGAUGGUGGAGGCGAAGCCUUGCGCGCCACUGCUGCGACGCUACCGAGAGAGGGCGCUCGCUGGUGUGACGUUACGCUAGGAGGAUAAAUGGGGCUACAGCUCGGCUCCUCGCAGUGGUCGGCGCGCUGCCUUGCGCUAUGUCGGAUGAUGUAUAGCCAUAAGUUUGACAAAGGGCAACCAUGUCCACACCAUCAGCCGAACCAAGGCGCCGCCAAGGGUAUUGCUUUCGCAAUCUUCCAGGCUUAACCAAGCUGAGCCUUCAGCCAAUUUUUCUGACUGACGUCGGUGGCGCGUACUGAAUACAGGUACGAAUGGCUCGCAGUUGCUCACCGAACUGUGACCACGGACACAAUGAAGCGGUGGUCAUCAUUGACCGUUGCUGGAGCGUUCCCGUAACGAUGGCCGCCACUGCGUUUCUGAUCUGCAUGCCGUCAGCGUGCUUCGGACUCUUGUUUGUCCUCUUCAUGGAGCAGUUCGGCGUCACGAGGGAAGAGGCAGCCUGGCCAGAGAACGUGUUCACCAUGGCGAGCCACCUGUCAGGGCUUGGAAUCUUCAUGCUGCACCGGUGUAUCACGGCUUAUCACAUCAUACUUCUUAGCACCGCCCUUAACAGCGCCGCAUUGAUCAGCUCAGCGUUUUCCCCUAACAUCACGUGUAUGAGCGUGACCUUCGGUGCUAUGCACGGCUUCGGAAUGGGGCUGUUUACCACAUCCGCAUCGAUCUACACCAUGCUCCACUUCGACAAGUAUAGGACGACGGCCCUCUCUCUGUUGUACGGCGUUGGAUGGGGCCUAGCCGGCAUCAUCGGACAGUUGAUCCUGUCCGGCCUGAUAGAAAAAUAUGGCUUCCGAGGUGCCGUACUUCUUCUUGGAGGGAUCAUGAUGCACUCGAUUCCGAUCGUCAUGCUGGCCAAGAAACCUUCUCCGAUGUGCAUCGGAUGCAAGUGGUGUAAAAGCACAUCUGUUGACAACCAAGAAUCUGGGAUGCAUGCCGCACGGAGUGAGGACAACGUCACAAAUCCAGGGAAUGCGAAUGAACUGCAAGAGAAACGGCCCAUCGCCAAGUCACCGCCACAAGAAAGCAGUUCUCUGAGGCACGCCCUGGCACUCUUCGUCAUGCCGUCUUUCUACGUGAUUGUCGCGGUCAUCAUCAUUGACGACUAUAGUGCUGUGCAGUUCUCCACGACAAUAGUGGACUACGCCAUCGACAAGGGCAUAACAUUCGAUGCCGCGAAGACGCUGGUUUCCUUCAUGGCACUCGGUGGGCUCAUCGGUCGUGGAGCGAUACCCUUCAUUGCUGACAUCCUGCCACGCAUACGUAGUCCGCUCUACGUGCUGGGGUUCAUUUUCAUCAGUGCUCUCCUGUUUCCAAUGCCAAUCGUGCAGGCAUAUGCGGGUGUCGCGACGAUCACCGCGAUGCAUGGCGUCUGCAAAGGAACUCUGUUGUGCUUCAGGGCCGUUAUCAUUGCUGAACUGCUUGGCGUCGAUCGGACAGCCGCUUGCUGCGGCGUCACGGGCAUGGCAAUGAUACCACUUAGUCUAGUCAGCCCUAUGAUUGUGGGAGCCUACCGGGACGGAAAAGGCACGUACGAUGGAUUUUACCGGAUGAUAGCAGCGGUCAAUUUGGCGGCUGCCGUCGUCUUCGGUGUAUUUUCAGUGUGGAACCGAAGGCGAUGAAAUCUUGCAUCGACAAAUGGUUUUUGCGAGAAGCAUAGUCGAAUUUCUUUUUGCGCCCAUAUUAAUAAAUAUCGCUUGUGAU